UGCUUCUCUGUUCACUUCCGGGUUAAGUGCAGUGGGCGCGUCCUGAGCAAUGUCCACCAAGCUUGGGUUUUAUAAUUGCUCGUAUUGGUUCAAUGUUUACAAAACGGCGACGACAGGAAAUUAGAAGACAAUGAAGCAUGAAGUGGCUGACCUCCCCAACGGGCCGUUGGACAUCUACAGACAAAAAGCUUGCUUCCCAUGGAAGGACAUGCUUCUGUUCUUGGAUGGGGAAGAAGUGACAGCGUUAAAGCAACGCAUCUUCGCGGCGUUGGAGAGCGACCCUCUUUUCUCCAGGACGCCGGGUGAAGACCUACCUAUGGAGAAGAUGCGGGAGCUCACCUUUCUCAGGGUAAAACAGCUGUUCCGUUACGACUUCCUGACCGACGAGGAGGCCAUGAUGGACCCGUGGAAGACGGUGGUCCUCAAUGACUGCUUGGGAAUGUAUGACUGGUCUUUAGCGGCCAAGUUUUUCCUCAACAAAGGCAUGUUUGGGGCGACAGUCGCUAGCAGUGGCUCGGCGCGACACAGCAAGUAUGUGGACUCUACUAACGACAUGACAACGUUCGGAUGCUUCGCGCUGACCGAGCUGAGUCACGGUAGCAACACCCGAGCCAUGAGGACCACCGCCACCUACGUGCCCUCCUCGCAGGAGUUUGUCAUCAACUCUCCAGAUUUUGAGGCAGCCAAGUUUUGGGUGGGCAACCUGGGAAAAACCGCCACCCAUGCGCUAGUGUUAGCACAGCUCUACACGCCAGACGGGGCCUGCCAUGGCCUGCACUCUUUUGUGGUCCCGGUGAGAGAUCCCAAGACGUUGCUGGCUCUGCCUGGCGUGUUGGUCGGAGAUAUGGGCAAGAAGCUGGGCCAGAACGGACUGGAUAAUGGGUUUGCUUUGUUCCACAAUGUGAGGAUCCCGCGGGAGAACCUCCUGAACAAGACUGGUGACGUGACCUCCGACGGCACCUACGUCACACCUUACCAGGACCCAAACAAGCGAUUUGGGGCGUCGCUGGGGGCGCUGUCCGCCGGCCGGGUUUCCAUUGCCCGGAUGGCUCUUGUCAACCUCAAGCUGGCCUUGAUCGUGGCAAUCCGCUUCUCCGCUACCAGGAGACAGUUCGGACCGAAGGACUGCGAAGAACUUCCCGUACUCGAGUACCAGUUGCAGCAAUGGCGUCUGAUCCCAUAUGUGGCGGCAGCGUACGCUCUGGAGUGUUUUUCAAAAUCACUCUUCAGCAACUACGUGGAGUUCCGUAUUGGGCAGAUGAUGAAGGACCAAGUAGAUAGACAGGCCGAGCUAGGACGGGAGCUCCACGCGCUAGCCUGCUCGGGCAAGCCCUCGGCCGCGUGGACGGCUCAGCGGGGAAUCCAGGAGUGCCGGGAAGCAUGCGGCGGUCACGGUUACCUGGCCAUGAACCGCUUGGGAAACCUGCGUGAUGACAACGACCCCAACUGCACCUACGAGGGGGACAACAACGUCUUACUUCAGCAAACCGCCAACUACCUCCUGACAUGGAUGGACGUGAAGCGACGCGGCGGCGUACGCGUCCAAUCUCCACUUCACACGGUGGACUUCCUGGAUGAUUUCCAUAAGAUCCGAGAGAGUCGCUUCACGGCGCGCACCCUUGAGGACUGCGCCGACUCCGCGGUGGCGCUGGCGGCCUACAAAUGGCUGGUGUGCUUCCUUCUGGAGGAGAGUCACAAACGACUAGAGCAGCACCGGACUUCGGGCCAAGAUGACUUCCAAGCCCGCAACAAUAGCCAGGUGUAUUACUGCCGCGACCUGGCCUUGGCCUACAUCGAACACUGCUGCCUUCAGAGGUUCCACGAGCAGACUCGGCACGAAGACACCCCGAUCCGGCUCCGAGGGGUCCUCGGGAAGCUGUGUGCGCUUUACGGACUGUGGAGCCUCAGUGGCCACAUGGCCACACUGUACCAAGGUGGGUUCUUGAGCGGAAAGGAGCCGGCCCACUUGAUCCAGACGGCUAUUCUCACUCUCUGCACUCAGUUGAAGGACGACGCCGUGGCGCUGGUGGACGCGAUGGCACCGCCGGACUUCAUCCUCAACUCCCCCAUCGGCAACGCUGACGGACAACUGUACAAGAACCUGUGGUCUACGGUGAUGCAGGGACGCCAAGCGCUGGAGCGGCCUUCCUGGUGGAAAGAAUUCUGCUCCGACAAGCCCGCCGUCGGAUCUCUGCGACCCAAACUCUAGACAAGUGCACGCUCUCCGUUUUUCGAACUUCUUUAACGUGCCUACUCAGCCCAAAAAAACAUUUUCCAAGGUUAAAAAUGGUCUUAUCAUUGUGAAUCUCAUGACUUUGAGUGAAUUGGAUAAAUACUCUCCCCAUGUAGUUAUGGUAUCACUUACUAAUUAGUGGUUGCGCAAUAAAAGAACAUUUUAACAUGUUAAUAAAUUGUGUUUUCGACAUAAUUAAAAAGUGUGUACAGGAUAGAGAAUGCGCAUUAGGGUGUGUCAAGAAAAAAAAAGGUAAAAUGAGAGGGGUCCCUAUGUUUUCAAGUUGUCUAAUGAUAUGCUUAAUCAUCAUCAAAAGGAAAAAAAUGCAUUCUGCAGAUAUUGAAGUAUAUCUUUUCAUGGGACAAAACUGACAAAAUGGCACUUUGACGCAAUGAAAAGUAGUCUGUAUGCAGCUUAGAGUUCAUUUAUUUUCCUCUUAUAAUAACUCAAAAUAUAGCCAUUAAUAUCUAAACCCCCUGGCAACAAAAGUGAGUACGCCCCUUAGAAACUACGUACAUCCCUAAAUGUUCAAAUUGAGUACUGCUUGUCAUUUUCCCUCCAAAAUGUCAUGUGACUGGUUACAGAAGUGCUGUCAGUAUUGCUGCAGAGAUUGAAAAGGUGGUGGGUCAGCCUGUCAGUGCUCAGACUAUACACCGCACUCUACAUCAAAUUGGUGUGCAUGGCUGUCACCCCAAGAGGAAGCCUCUUCUGAAGACAGUACACAAGACCGUCUAAGGUGCUUGUCACAUAAUUUUGACCCAUUAUAAAAAUAUAUUUUUGUUCA